AUGACCAUCAACAUCUAUGGAAACAUCACUGUUGCAGGAAACUCUUCUAUCACCACUAAUCACUCUAGCCGAUCUAGCCGAAGUCGUCCAGCGAGACCCCAAAGUGUCACUCAGCCAAGAAGGAAUAACCGUCGCCGACAUAAUUCAAUUGCUGUAGAAAAUCUCGUCAUCGAAGAUCACGUACAACAUCACGACAUAGACAAUCAUGCCGGCAAUCAUCACGCCAGAGAACGUCUUUUGAUAGAAGCACCACGUCGUCAACGCGAUCAGUCAGUCGUUAUAGCUCCACCACCAAGACGGAAUGCUCCCCUUCCCCGGCGUCGUUCCUCAAGAAUUGCUCGACGUGCCCUUCUCAACGCACAAAUGUACCCGCGAAGACGACGUCCAAUUCCAGCCGCCCAUGAAGAUCAUGACUUCUGGACCAAGAUAUGGACCUUACCACGGCGAAGAUCUCUGAGUACCGGGGACUUGGAUCAGAUCAACACGGAAUCCUCCAGGGGUCGAAGCCAGGGACCUUUGUCGACAUCUUUGCAAGGACGACGAAGUAGCUCGCAAAGGAUUCGAGGUACAAAUGGAAGCACUACGCUCGGUGAUUGUCUGAUCGUCUCCACGGCGGCCUAUCAGAUACCGAAGGGCUAUCUUCAGCGACCAGCAUGCCUCAUUGGAAUGCUACAAGUCGCGCAUGGUGCGAUUCUCAAAGGGGUCAAGCAUAGAACAAGCCAGACUGCCCUUCACAUGAAUAAGCUGCAAAUCGAACAAACGACUAUAGACGCCAAUUAUACCGGUCGUGCUUACUGGGAGGACCUACCCUUAUCUCUCCCAACGCUGUACACAAUGCUGAAUCUUGAAAUCAAGUUGGAGUCGCAGAUUUUGUGUCCGGAAUGCUUCACCCUGCAUGGUACACCUUUCGAAAAGAUUGAUGAGACUUACAAGAUGAAGUGCGAUGCUUUACGAUUUCUAC